GCGGAGAGUAAGGAUACGGAGAUGCCAAUGCAAAGUUGCAAGGAGCCAGGAGACUAUUUCCAUACGAGAACAAAGAAGCUCGUGAGCAGCCUCCUCCGUUUCUGUGGUUGUGGUCGUGCUCCAUCUUCGUGAUGGUGAUUCUUCAAACUGAAUUUUUUUUUUUUCGUGUGAGCCGAACUACGACAUGGCACAAGUGAACAGGUCUGGUUAUUGAUAUUGCAUUCAAAAAUUAUAAAUAGAAACCAACAGUACGAGCGAAUUUGUUUUUACAAUUCCAGUUGUUCGCGUUGGUUCAUGUGGACCGCAUUCCGCAGCUAGAAGACUUGCGUAUCCUCGGUUGUAUCCUGCAGCGGCAGUAUUCGAGUUCAAGACCAAGAUCAAGAAAGAAACGGAUUGCAAGCCCUCUAGUACGUCGAUCAUGGUCCUCAGUACCACAACAACCCCGAGAGGGGCCGCCGGUCCCCUCGGCGCAGCAGCUGCAGCUUCCCCCUCCUCCCCAAGCACCAGCAGGGCGAUCUCGGCAAAGGCCAAGGUGGAGCAGCAGGAAUAUGAAACUGAGGCACAAAUUCGCGAGAAGAAACGCCUGGGCUUGCUAGCGGAGUUGCAGCUUUUGGGCCAGCAAAAUGAGGAAUUGGUACUUCUUUUUCUCCAGUAGAACUAGCAAAAUGUGAAAGUCGUGAAGAUGUGCUCAGAAUGACGUAGAGUAGAGUUUGGGUUCUUUCCGCGAGGUCAGGUCGUGCUAGUAACUUCUAGACCUGUUGCCGCCGAUCCAGAGCCAUAGAAAGAUAGUGACCUGCCACCCACCCUCGUGCAGCGUGAAGGUGAAGGCUGGUCUUGAUGGUCCUUACGCCGUGUAUUAGUAUUUUCACUGUCCCUGUACCUGUAUGCGGAUCAAUCUGAAUCUUUGUCUAUCAUCUUCACCUCGCUAGUACUACAACAUCAACAGAAUCUACAAACUAACACGACUCGCAUUUUGUGAAAUAACAGAAAUAAAGCACCGAAUAAGAAAAGUUGAGUGUCAGUCUCAUCUUCUGAAGUAUUUUUGCGCCCCGACGCUCUUCACCUUCAGGCUGACAAGAUCGAGUCCGCCAGGUUUGCGGACACAGACGUGUUCCACGCCCAGAAGCUGCAGUUGCAGUCGAAAGUCCUGCACGAGAUCGCGGACAUCCAGACGCUGUCGCAGGACGUCAGCCGGCAACUGAAAACCGCUGCGCCUCUCGACGACGCCGAACAAGACUACCGGGUCGCGCGGCGAAACCUGGGGGACGACCCGAUCCUGUUGAAGAAGGCCUUGGAAGCCACGGAGAAAAAGUUCGAGAAACAAGAGAAGCAAAUCAAACGGCUAGUCCUUGCAGAACACGACGCCGAGAAGGCGAGAGACGUGUUGCAAAAGGACAUGAAGGAUAAGGUAAGCUCAGUAGGUAGCACCUUCUGUUUCUAUGCUUCUUGACGAUUCUGCGGUCGUACUGGUAUGGGUAUCCACAUUUUUCGCCUCUGCGUGAACUAACUUCAGGAUAAGUAGCGGAGCCUCUGCGUGAAGAGCUACAGGAAGAUCAGGGCCUACCUGCUCCGUGAUGAUGUAAAUGUGCCGAUCGCGGUCACUAGUAUCAUAUUCUUCGAUAACGAUGAGGAUGAAGCCGCCAUUUUCCAUAAUUUCAUUACUAUCAGAUAUCCGUGUUCUCUCACGUUCGGCGGAAAUACGUGGUGCAAAACGAUAAGUUGAAAAGCGAACACGCCGCGAUGUCUGAGGAGUGCCAGCAGCUGCGCCGAAGCAGCUACUUGCAGGAGAAGCGAAUUCUCGAGUUGGAGGACCAAAUCGAGAAUUUCGGCGUGGACCAACUCGAGCGGACGAUCAGCAAACGCAUGGAACACGCGACGGAGCAGGAGAAGAAACUGAAGGAUGCGCUGAAGAGUUGCAAGGAGGAACUGGUGCAAGCGCGGCGGGAAAACGAAAAUCUGUGGCACAAACUGAAAGUUCAGACGACCGCGUUCGAAGACCUUCGCAAAACCAGUGAGACCCAGCUGUACGCCGUGAAACAGAAGUUGGCGAAGGUAGCGCAACAGAAGAACACGGACGUUGUAUGCAAUUUGAUACAAAUUUCGUAGUUUCCCGUACACGUACUACAUCAACUUCGAAGCCGAAAUUUGUCAUGCGAAAUACAGUAUGCAGCACAGGAGAGAAUUGUAGUCAUGCAGGAAUGUUGCCAUUCGUGCGCGUGCCCGUACUUGCGCGGGAAAUUUAGGACCAUGGAUACGUUGAGAGGCUCGACACCAAAGACGAGCGGAUCAAGUUCCUGGAGAAAGUAUCAUAUAGCAAAAAGUGCUAACGUUAAUCGGUGCUCUACUGUCAGUGAUUGCGCUGGGCAUUAUGUUGACAGAGGUUGGCUACAACUGUAGUGCAUGGUGUGCAAUAGAAGUUCUGCCUGUGGUGAUGUUUAGCAUGCUGGUCAUGAUCAUGCACCUCUGCAAUACGACACUAAAUUUCGUCAUCAGCAUUAACUUGUUUACGCACUUUUUGGUCUGAUAGCACGAAGUGAAGUACUACAAAAGCGAGCUGCUCAAGCGAAAAGUCGCAAUACAGCAAAGAAGUGCUAGUGGAGGAGGUACCGGUACGGCUGCAGCAGGUGGAGCUAAUGGUCCCUUGCCGCCAACCAGUGGUGGUGCUCCGCUGUCCCCCCGGGCGGCGGCAGGAGCGGGGGUCGGGAAAGUGCAAACGAAGAAAGAAAAAUCCCAGUCACCAAGACGCCCGGGCGGCGGUGGAGGAGAUGUUAGUGGCGGGGGAAAAAGAACAGCAGUAGAUGCUGGGCCAGUUUUGAACCCGUGGCCGUGAGGCGUUCCAUGUUAAGUAGCACGAGGAAGAUUUUUGGACUAUCUUAUUCCCCUACAAGUUUCGCUUUCGUGUGAUCCGCAGUGAAAAAAAAUGGUUUCUAAAUUGAAAUGUACUCUUGGUCGGCCUCCCUGAGACGACAAGUGACCGGCAAUAUUUAAACAAACAACCACUGCAGCUUCUGCAGUCACCACGAGGAGAUGACAUCGCUUCUCUUUCUUCCUGGUGCGCAGCUGUGCGUUUGGCGCUCUGGGUUUCCUUGACAAUCGCGAUCCUCGUUUUGAUAAGAAAUUUCCGCGGCCACGGACGGCAGCCACGCUGCGGGAUGGCUG